AAGGGGCCCCUGGCCUGGGGUGAGCGCAGGGUGGGUGCCCAGCCUGGCCCCUCAGGGCGGUUCUUAGCUCUCUCCAGGGAAGCAGCUCGUUGGGCUGGUCCCUUUGAGCGUCCCCCACUGCAGGAAGGCGGAGCCAGGCCCCUGCCCUGGUGGGCGUCCAGCCUGGCCAGGCCCCCGGCCUCACGUGCCUUGAGUCCCCGCCGUCAGGACUGGAGGCCUGAACUGGCCCCUUGUAGCGCCGUGGGAGAAUGAAGCGCCAAGGUUCAAGCAGGAAUCUGCUUUGAGAACCCAUAAUUUUUUGCCAAGCUGGGUUUGUCUGGGCUUGUGCCUUUCUGCCACAUUAAGGCCUGCGGUGGUCACAUCCAGGUGGCAGGACAGUGGGGAAAUUGGCAGCAGGCGGGGCUCUCGAGGUCCCCUCUUCCCUCCCUCCCCACAAGGCUGCACUUGCGGCCCCUUGAAUGAGGGUGUGAGCUCAGCUCCUGGUCUGCACUUUAUCGAGUGGGAAAGAGCUGCUGCUUUGGGCACAGGCACCGGGCUCUGCCCCGACUGUCCGUCACCUCUCUGGGCCUGUUUCCCUGGCGGGAGGCCAGUGGCAGAGCGGGUGGGAAGUGCUCAGUGUGUAGGUGGAUGAUUGGAACAACCUGACCAUUGAGCAUGGGAAGGUGGCGGGAGGCCGGGCACGAGCCUGGGGCAGAAGCGGGGCUGUCCACGGAGCUGCGGGCCUGGCCUUGGGACGGGACGGGCCUCCCGCGCCUCCCUCCUGGUGCCGGCAUCUUCCGAGGGAGGAAGCUUGUGUGCAUCUGUUGGGAAGCCCCGACCCUCUAACUGCACCCCGUGAGCCACCAAGACCCAACCAGGGUGGGGAAGCGGCGCCAGCAGCCACCAGCCAGCCUUGCAGAGGCAGACGCCCUGGAGCAGUGACAGCGCGGGAGAUCUUCUGCUCAGGGGACAGGGAGGAAAGAGGAAAACAAAGGCCAGCAGCCUAGCGCUGUGAUGUGUCAGUCCGAGGCGCGGCGAGGACCAGAGCUCCGUGCCGUGAAAUGGUUGCAGUUCCCCCAGCUGGCCCUGAGGCGGAGGCUGGGGCAGUUGAGCUGCAUGUCCCGACCCGCCCUGAUACUGCGCUCCUGGCCCCUGACCGUCCUCUACUACCUCCUGCCCUUCGGUGUCCUCAGCCCGCUCAGCCGGGUGGGAUGGAGGCCCGUGAGCAGGGUGGCCCUGUACAAGUCGGUGCCAACGCGUUUGCUGUCGCGGGCCUGGGGCCGCCUCAACCAGGUGGAGCUGCCGCACUGGCUGCGCAGGCCCGUCUACAGCCUGUACAUCUGGACCUUCGGCGUGAACAUGAAGGAGGCCGCCGUGGAGGACCUGCGCCACUACCGCAACCUCAGCGAGUUCUUCCGGCGCAAGCUGAAGCCGCAGGCCCGGCCGGUCUGUGGCCUGCACAGCGUGAUCAGCCCGUCAGAUGGGAAGAUCCUCAACUUUGGGCAGGUGAAGAACUGCGAGGUGGAGCAGGUGAAGGGGGUCACCUACUCCCUGGAGUCGUUCCUGGGCCCACGCACCUACACGGAGGACCUGCCCUUCCCCCCAGCCACCUCAUGUGACUCCUUCAAGAACCAGCUGGUCACUCGGGAAGGGAACGAGCUCUACCAUUGUGUCAUCUACUUGGCCCCCGGGGACUACCACUGCUUCCACUCCCCCACUGACUGGACCGUUUCACACCGGCGACACUUCCCAGGCUCCUUGAUGUCCGUGAACCCUGGCAUGGCUCGCUGGAUCAAAGAGCUCUUCUGCCACAACGAGCGGGUGGUCCUGACCGGGGACUGGAAACACGGCUUCUUCUCGCUGACGGCCGUGGGGGCCACCAACGUGGGCUCCAUUCGCAUCUACUUUGACCGGGACCUGCACACGAACAGCCCGCGGUACAGCAAGGGCUCCUACAACGACUUCAGCUUCGUGACGCACGCCAACAAGGAGGGCGUCCCCAUGCGCAAGGGCGAGCACCUGGGCGAGUUCAACCUGGGCUCCACCAUCGUGCUCAUCUUCGAGGCCCCCAAAGACUUCAACUUCCAGCUGAAAGCAGGACAGAAAAUCCGCUUUGGGGAGCCGCUGGGCUCUCUCUAGAGCCUCUUCGUGGCUGCGGCUGUUGAGGGCCUUUUCCGGACAGAACGUGAGAGUCUCUCAGAGGCGAAAUGCCACGAGGCCGUCCGGGUGACGGCUGCCUGAGGGGUGGGGGGAUGUGACCAGGUAGGACGGGGAUGAUUCCACGCCCGCCUGUCCCGGAGGUGCAGACGAGAGGUCCUGGAUCCUUCCCGUUAGGUGGUCGGAGCCCCUGCCCUGCCCUCAACCUGCGCUGUUCCCCCCACCCAUAAAGAAAGAAAAAGUACAGGCUGGUGUGAUCGCAGAGUCACUUCUGGAUCUGUUAACACUGUGUAACUGGCGACCCGCCUCUCCCCGCUGAGCAUCCCGGUCGGCCCACUGUCAUUCCAGGGUGACGAGUGGCAACCCUGUGCUGUCCUGUCGCUCCCCUCACCUGGGCCAUUUUGUCGCCCCUUUUGCUUUUUUGGGCCUUAACCCUCUGCUUUCCCCUGCACAGUGGCACAGGGUGAGGUGCCUCCUUGGCACGGACUGUGGACACUGCCCCCGCCCGCAGGGCCACCCAGCCUCAUGACAACCGCUUUCUCUUCCCAAAUGCACGUUCUUGGGCUCAUUGGAAAAAGCUGAAUCUUUCUUUGCACUUAGAGCCAAAUGCAUCACCCUGGACCGGCCGGUGUCCUCUGAGGACAGUGACUUACCACGUAGACCUUUGCCGGCCCUUGUGACCAGCCUUCUGGAGCUGGCCGAGUGCUCUUGGUGGCAGGCAGGUGGCCCAGGGGAGAGCUCUGUCCCUCUCCCUGUCUCCAGCCCCACAUGAAAUGGGGGAAGGUUGCUGCUAUUGAGGGGCUGUGGUGGAGGCUGAGGGCGCCGUGCCUAGAAAACCUGUCCCUGCUAGCAAGCACUCGGGCCGUGGGGAGCCCCUGAUGGCGGGGACGGGGCCGGACUUCAUCUUGAUUCUAGGGACACCGUGGAUUUCUCCUGCAGGAGAAGUCAUUGAACUCUUUCAACUGUAUCAGUAGCACAGUAUUUUUGUAUUGAAAAGUGGGAGACUUCUGAACAGUAAUUCAUUUAAUUGCAAAACAUUUUGAAAUAAAAAGCUAAAACUCA